AUGGCAGUGCCCUUUGUGGAAGACUGGGACUUGGUGCAAACCCUGGGAGAAGGUGCCUAUGGAGAAGUUCAACUUGCUGUGAAUAGACAAACUGAAGAAGCAGUUGCGGUGAAGAUUGUGGACAUGAAGUGUGCUGUAGACUGUCCAGAAAACAUUAAGAAAGAGGUCUGUAUCAAUAAAAUGUUAAAUCAUAAGAAUGUAGUGAAAUUCUAUGGUCACAGGAGAGAAGGCAAUAUCCAGUAUCUAUUUCUGGAGUACUGUGGUGGGGGAGAACUUUUUGAUAGAAUAGAACCAGAAAUAGGCAUGCCUGAACAAGAUGCUCAGAGGUUCUUCCAUCAACUCAUGGCAGGGGUGGUUUAUCUUCAUGGUAUUGGAAUAACUCACAGGGAUGUUAAGCCAGAAAAUCUCCUAUUGGAUGAAAGGGAUAACCUCAAAAUCUCUGACUUUGGCUUGGCAACCGUGUUUCAGCAUAAUAAUCGUGAGCGUUUAUUGAACAAGAUGUGUGGCACUUUACCAUAUGUUGCUCCAGAACUUCUAAAAAGAAAAGAAUUUCAUGCAGAACCAGUUGAUGUUCGGUCCUGUGGAAUAGUACUUACUGCAAUGUUGGCUGGAGAAUUGCCGUGGGACCAGCCUAGUGAUAGUUGUCAGGAAUAUUGUGAUUGGAAAGAAACAAAAACAUACCUCAACCCUUGGAAAAAAAUCGAUUCUGCUCCUCUAGCUCUGCUGCAUAAAAUCCUAGUUGAGAAUCCAUCAGUAAGGAUUACCAUCCCAGACAUCAAAAAAGAUAGAUGGUACAACAAACCACUCAAGAAAGGGGCAAAGAGGCCCCGAGUCACUUCAGGUGGUGUAUCAGAGUCUCCUGGCGGAUUCUCUAAGAAUAUUCAAUCCAAUUUGGACUUCUGUCCAGUAAACAAUGCUUCUAGUGAAGAAAACGUGAAGUACUCCAGUUCUUAGCCAGAACCACGGACAGGUCUUUCCUUAUGGGACAGCAGUCCUUCAUACAUUGAUAAACUGGUGCAAGGGAUCAGUUUUUCCCAGCCCACAUGUCCUGAUCAUAUGCUUCUGAGUAGUCAGUUACUUGGCACCCCAGGGUCCUCACAGAACCCCUGGCAGUGCUUGGUCAAAAGAAUGACACAAUUUUUUACCAAAUUGGAUGCAGACAAAUCUUAUCAAUACUUGAAAGAGACUUGUGAGAAAUUGGGCUAUGAGUGGAAGAAAAGUUGUAUGAAUCAGGGUGAUGGAUUGGAGUUCAAGAGACACUUCCUGAAGAUUAAACGGAAACUGAGUGAUGUUGUGAGCAGCCAGAAGGUUUGGCUUCCUGCCACAUGA